CCCUCCCCCACCCCACCCCACCCCAAUUACUUAUACCCAUAAAACACCCUCUUAUAUCACUACCAUAUAUCCCCUAGCCUUAAAUCUCUCUCCCAAACCACCAUCACAAACAUCGAGAUACAGAAAGAGAUGGAGGCAUUACCAAGGUCAGAAGUGUCAUUUAGAAGAUCAGGAUCAUCAGGGCUUGUUUGGGAUGAUAAACUGUUAUCAGGGGAGCUUAAGCCAGUGAAGACAAAAGAAGAAGAAGAAAGGGAGAAAACAGAGCAACAACAAAGAGCAGAACCGAAGCCAUAUAAAUCUGUAGAAGUUGAACCUACCAUCGACCCUCCAUCUCCAAAGGUCUCCGGUUGUUGUGCCAUCUUCAGCAAGCCUGCUAAAUCCACCGGCGCCGGCGCCGGCGCCGCCCACAAGCACAAAGCUAAAGCCACGCAUAAAUCAUAAUCUUGAAAUUUUUUCUUGAUUUGGUUUUUGGUUGCCUGAUAGAGCCUUAAUUGCAUCUUAUUGGUACUUUGAUGUUUGUGGGUCAAUUUUCUUUUUCCCUUUUCAUACUUUUGGAGUUAGUUUAUUGGAUACAUCUCUAUAUAUCUAUAUUUAUAUGUCUAUAUUCUAUAUAUAUACAUACACUUAUAUAUAUAUAGAAAUUAGGCAUAUCAAAGUCUUGUUUUGUGUUCAUGGGAUGGUUUCAUAUGUGGGUUUAUAGUUUCUUGUGUUUUUCUUGAUGUAAUUGUUUGUGUAUACGAUUCUUUCUUCUCUCCAAUUUCUGGGUGUGUCAAAGAUUUCUUGUAUAAAGAAACCCUAAUUUAAAUCUUCAUGUAUUAUGGGUUUGUACCUUGGAAUGAAUCACAAACAUUGAUAAUAUCAAUUUGUUUAAA